GUGAUCUGUGCGCCUGCGCACAUCCGCCACGUGCGCGGAAACACAGGCGAUCUCAGCCCAGAUUUAACUCUUCGAGAGCGCAGUGAGCUCAAGUUUAACAUCGUCUGUGUGAACAGAAGAUCUGGAGCACCGCUGCACACGUGUGUGCGAGAGAUGAGCGACACACACGAGUCUCAUGAGCGCACUGAACCGGCAGAGGGCGCCAGCGCCGCAGUGUCAGUGAUCAUGCCCAUGUUUAAUGCAUCUGAUUGGCUGGACGAGUGUCUGCAGGCCAUACUGGAGCAGGAUUUCCCGGACCGAAUGGAGCUCUCAGUGUACGACGACGGCAGUACGGAUAACUCUCGAGAGCUGCUGGAGAGAUGGAGGCAGAGGUUCGAGGACAGAGGUCUUCCCAUUCUGAUCUCAGGCCACAGCUCACCCAGCCCACGCGGAGUUGGAUUUGCUAAAAACCAGGCGGUGCGUCAGAGCUCCGGACGAUUCCUCUGCUUUCAGGACGCGGAUGACAUCAUGAGGCCUCAGAGAGUUCGACUACAGUAUGAAGCUGCUGCAGCGAAUCCAACCGCAGGCUGGGUUUGUUGCUUUGACCUCUUUCAUCAGUUUAGUGCAUCUUUAAUGAAUAAAGCAUUGAUUUCUGUCCUAAAUCAGGUGUACACGUCUCACGGGCCGACGGUCAUCAUGCCCACCUGGUUCUGUUCUCGUGACUGGUUUGAGAAAGUGGGUCCGUUUAACGAGGGAGGAAAGGGCGUUCCUGAGGAUCUGCUCUUCUUCUACCAGAGUCUUCGUCGCGGAGGUCACGCGAUCCGAGUGGACGAGUGUUUGCUGGUUUAUCGCUAUCAUGAACACGCAGCUACUCAUUCAGUGCUGGAAGAGACCAUCUGGAGUCUCCGCGUCCACUUCCUGCAGGAGCGAGUGCUCAGCCAAUGGGAAUCUUUCACCGUAUGGAACGCUGGGAAACAGGGCCGCAGACUCUACCGCAGCUUGAGUCCCACCAAUCAGAAGAAGGUGAAAGCGUUCUGUGACGUAGAUGAGAACAAAAUUCAGAAAGGCUUUUACACGUACGAGGAUUCGAAGGAACGGCCCAAACCCAGGAUUCCUGUGCUGCACUUCACAAACGCAUCGCCGCCGUUCAUCGUGUGUGUGAAGCUGGAUAUGACUCACGGAGUCCUGGAGGGAAACCUGCACUCGCUGCAGCUGAAGGAGGGAGUCCAUUAUUAUCAUUUCAGCUGAAGACGCUGAGCUUUGAGCUGCAGUACAGUGAAAGCUCAGGGACUGCGGGAGCUGACAACACCUUCUGCUAGAAAACAGUUUCUUAAUGGGACUGAGUCACGUCUUAAUGAGAAUAUAAGAACACACAACCUUUUCUGUCAGAGCUGGAGGAAAGAAACCCUCAUCAGAUGAGUGUCAAACUAUAGGAGACAGUCAAAACUCUGAGUGAAAUGUGUGUGAGAGCUGGGAACUGCUUCCUGCUGUCCUUCCCAGAGUUCCCGGCUUGAGAAACCUCUCACAUCCCUCUAGCACCUACACUACAACACACACACACACACACACACACACACACACACACUCACUCAGGCAUCUGUUUGCAUUCCUGAUGCCCCAUGUCACUGGAUUUCUCCAUCGUUCCCGAGUGACGCUCAGAAUAAGCCCUUUUCCCACAGACACAUCCAUCUUUAAAGGGUUAGUUCACCCAAAAAUGAAAAUUAGGCUGCGUUUUACUCACC